CUUGAAAAGGGUGGGGAGAAAAGCCUAGAAAGUGUUUUCGGUUUCAUGGAGGUGGUACUUUUUGUGAUGUUUUAGUACAAAAGUACAUAGUUUAAACUAAAAUAAAUAUUUAGAGAAGUAGAUUAUUUUAAUCUAAACAUUCAAAAUUGCAAACAACAUAAUGGUUAAUCGAGUGCAGAAGAAGUUUGCUCGUGGAGACAAAGUGUUUGCAAAAGUUCGAGGUCACCCGCCAUGGCCAGCUAAAAUUGAAGAAAUCUCUGAGGAUAACAAUAAACAUCCUAAAUUUCAUGUCUAUUUUUAUGGAACUCAAGAGACCGCCAGUUGUAAACUUGAGGAAAUUUUCGAAUAUGCGGAAAAUAAAGAAAAAUUCAGUUCUAAGGCAGCAAAACGAAAAUAUUUCCGUGAAGGUUUGGAACAGUUAGAGGCGGAUCUUAAAAAUGAUACACCUUCCGUUGCACCUCAAGCCAAAGAGAAAAAAGCUGUUGUUGCAGUUGAAGAACCAAAAAAGGUAAAUUCUCAACCUGAUCCUGUUAACACUGAUAGUGAUAUGGAAAUUGGAAAUUUGGUCAUUGAUGAAGGCGAGAAGAAAAAACCAUUGAAGAGAAAGUCAAUGGCUACAAUUAAUACACCAGAUGCUCCAGAAGCAAAAAAGAAACGAGGACGCCCAAAAGAGAACACACCAAAGCAGGAUACAUCCAUUGAAGUUCCAGUGGAGGAAGUUCACGAAAAGGAAGUCGUCAGCCGAAGUGGACGAAAAAUUAAGCCGAAACGUUUCGCCGAUUCCGAUGGAGUCGAAACUGAGAAAAAUGAACAUCAUCCAGGACGUGGAAGGCCAAGAAAAAUUGAAGAGUCGAUAGACAGUCAAAAUUCUACACCUGCCGCUGUCACCAAAAAGCGACUUACAGCGGAAAGAAAAAGUAAUGCCGGUGAGUUACCAAGUGAUGCAAUAAUCACAUCAUCAGCACAAGACAAGGGUCGUUUACUUCAUGCGCGUACAUUUUCUGGUGAGAAUGUUGGAAUAAAACUCGAUUUAAAUCGACCAAUGUCAUUUGCAAAUGAUAAAGCUCAAGAACAAUGGGAGACGACGAGCGCACGAAAAGCAAUGAAAUUGAAAGCACAAUUGGAGAGUGGAGAAAUUUUUCCCGAACAAGUUAAAGAUCGUUUGGAUUUUAAUGUUCAACUUGAUGGAAAGCAACGUCCUCUUGCUAAAGUUGAAAAUAAUCAACAAAGUUCCAAACUAAAAUGGUUGCGCAUUGAAUCUCAACUUUUAGAAUUAGAUGCGCAAAUCAAAUCAAAUUUGGGACUUGAUAAAGCCAAUGCCGAACAAUGUUUACAAGCAAUGAAUGUCAUGUUAAAUCUUUCAAUUGAUCCACUGAUGCUGAAGAAACAUCCGCAAAUCGUCGAAACUAUUAAAAGGCUAAGGAGAUAUAUUGGCAAUUUAUCAGAUUGGAAACUGAAUGAAGAUGAAACGUUAAUUUUUAAGCAAAAGGCCGAACAGAUCAGACAAAAAGCCGAGCACAUAUACAAUAAAUUUAAGGCAAUGUUCACGAUCCCCGAGGGUCAAACAUUUUGGCAAUCAUUUUCUGAUCAAGUGGAUCAUUUUAAAGAAUUGACAAAGGAUAUGUCCGAGGAAAAAAUGUUUUCCCUCAUAGCAGAUCCUGCGACUACAAACAAAACGACAGCCGUGUCAAAGAUUGAAGACGACAGUAUUGUUGCGGAAGCUGAAACAAAGGAGAAUGAGAAUGACAAUGACGAGAAGGAUACAACGUCUAUUGGUUCAGAAAGCAAGUAACAUUAGGUAAACUUUUUGUCACUGGUUAUACCUCAAAUUUUGAAUUAUCUCAAUAAAAAACACAAGUACUUGUAAAAGUGACAAGAGUCUAGGAUUUAAAGUUUUCAUUUUUUUAAAAAAAAAGGCAAACAAGGCACACAGUGCGUGUAUAAUAAUACUUCUAGUAUUGUCCAUUUCAACUCCUAAGAAUUUAAUUAUAUUAUAUAAAAAAAAAUAUAUAUAUAUAUAUUCUUUGACAUAAAUUAUUAUACAUUUCAAAGAUUCGAAUUGAGUCGACAGAGAAAGAGAGAAAAAGAAAGAAAGAGAAAAGAGAGUGAGAGGAAAAAAGUACUUUGAUAAUUAAGAAUCCAGUGAUCGAUGAUUAAAAGAAAUUAUUUUCAUUUAUUACUAUUACGUAAUUUUUUUUUUAUAUCGUUCAUUAUGAUAAACAAGUUUUUAGUUCGAUUACAUUCAACAAUAAUGUACAUAUCUUUUGUUUUAAAAGAAUUAAGAUUUUUUUUCUUGUAAAAAGAUAAUGUAAUUUGAUCACAGAAAAGUACACUUCAAAUAUUGUGCUUCAAUGGCUUUUUGUCAUCAAAGAUCCAAAACAUUUUUUUUUUUUAUCUUUUCAAAGAAUUUUGUUUAUUUUAUCUCGAAAAUGGAACUGGUAAUUUUUUUUUUGUUUCUUUCGAAUACAAUUAUAAAUGAUUAGAAAGGUAUUUUAUAUUUUUUUUCCUUUGUAAAUGUUAUAAGUUCCAUUUUUUUUUUUUUUAAUAAAGUAACAAUAAAAAUGACAACUUGUCUUUGAAAUGCUUUGAAAGUGUUUGCCAAAAGAAAGAAAUUUCAAAAUUCUGAACGAAUAAUUUAAUUAUUAAUGUAAAAAUGAGUGUAUUGCUUCAGAAAGUAUAAUUACAUAUUUCAAUGCUAUUGUAUUUUAUUUUUUCUUUGUCAUUACUUCAGUUGGAUCUUCAUUGUGAGAUGUAUGUUUAGAGAAAAGAAAGAAGAAAUAUUUUUACCUUUAAUUAUAGUAGUAAAUGUUGUAAUGUGUUUUAAUUUAAUUCAUAUUUUUCAACAUUUUUUUUUUUUUUAUUAAGAAUCAAGGUUUAUAUUCCAAUAAUACAUUAUGCACGCGACGAGUAAUUGUAAUACAAAUAUUUUGAAUAAAAAAAAAAAUUAAGAUACAAAAGUA